UUAUUACGAUACAAUAUUCUAUUAUUUUUAUUGGUUGAUGAGGCUUACAGACCAUAAUGUCUUCAAUGGUCCCCAAAGAUAGAUUGAAACAUUUGUUUGAUCAAGGAGGAAAUGUAUCUGUUGAUAAAAAUGUUCCGAUUCAACGCUAUUAUCGAUCUGGCCAAGAAAUGAUGAGAAUGGCAAAUAUAUAUUAUGAAGAAAAACAAUAUGAAUCUGCAUAUCUUCUUUUUGCCAAGUUUAUCACCUUGUUUCUUGAAAAGAUGAAGAUCCACCCACAAUUGAAUCAAGUUCCGCCAGUCCCAAAAGCCGCAAAUAAAAAGAGUUUGAAAAUUGCUCUCACAAAGGCUGAAAAAAUUAAAGUUAUUCUUGAAGAGAAAUAUGAAAUUGAGUAUUUAAAAUGGAAAACUGAACAAGAUCGAAUGAAAGAAAUUGAAAAACGAAAAAUUGAAGAAGAAAAAAGGAAAGAAAAAGAACAGAAAGAACUUGAGGAAAGAGCCAUGCUUGAUAAAGAAAAACAACAACUAGAUUAUUUUGUUGAACAACAAAGAAGAAAACAAUUAGAAGAUGAAAGACUUGCAAUCGAAGCUAGAUUUUCAGAUUCAACUAAAUUGGAAGAAAAUAAGAGUUUCCCUCUUAUUCCUGUGGAUUUUGCUCCCCCGCCACCAACCUAUCAAGAACAAGAAACAGAUUAUCAACCUCCUUCAUAUCAGCAGUCUGUUUCACACGUUCCAAAAAUUCAGCCUCCUCCGACUGUAGACAGGAGUGUGAAACCCCAGUAUCUAAUUCAACCUGAUCCUCAUGUACCACCUACUCAGGGUAAUGGUUCUACAGUAGCGAAUAACAUUUCUUCAAAUAAGUACACUGGAGCUGCAAUUUCUAGUACCACAACAACAAGCAAGAAUAAAUAUGGUCUACGAACUGUGAUAUCUCCUAGAGAUUUACCGCAAAAGUUUAUGCAAUAUGCAAAAAGUAAUACAAUGAACAAUAUUGAAACAUGUGGUGUUUUGUUUGGAAACUUAUCACAGAAUAUGUUUGUCAUUACUCAUGUCUUGCUGCCUCAACAAACUGGUACAUCAGACAGUUGUACAACUUCAAAUGAGGAAGAUUUAUGGGAAUUUCAAGCUCAGUAUGAUGGUAUUUGUUUGGGUUGGAUACAUACUCAUCCAUCACAGACUGCAUUUUUAUCGAGUGUCGAUUUACAUACACAUUACCCUUAUCAGUGUUUAAUGGCUGAAUCAGUGGCAAUCGUUUGCUCUGGAAAAUUUAAUGAGACUGGUUACUUCAUGCUCACUCCUGGACAGGGAAUGAAGGAGAUUGGUAAUUGUUCAAAACCAGGUCACCAUCCCCAUCAAACCAACCCUCCUUUAUUUCAGUCGUGUGAUCAUGUCCAAGUUUCUGAUUCUCACCAAGUUGAAUUCAUGGAUUGGAGGAAAAGGUGACAUAUAGUUUUACAGAUUUGAGCAGCGGAAAAAAGAAACGCUCUGUUGCUGUGUGUUCAGAUUAUAUUUCGUAGAAAUAUGCACUUACUGAAUGGAACGGCCAUGAGUGAUUCCGAUCUUUAUUAUGCAGUGCAUCACUUUUUCUUUUCCGCAAGUUUAAUCAGUGUUGUAUUGUUAUGCAGUUUGAAUCAUAACACAGUGUGUGCUGCAUGACUUUUUCAUUCCAAAAAAAAAUUUGUCGAGUUAUAUUCAGCCCAUUAUCCUAUGUCCGACCAGGAGGCACUAAUUUGAUCGUAAUUAGUAAAUUUAUCAUUCAAUGCUUUACAAGGAUGGAGAAAAGUGAGUAUUCCUGUAGUGUGUGUUCCAGGUUAGGGUUAGGCAACAAUUUUACUCCGAUUUUCCUUAUUUUAAUUCUAUUACGAGUUUGGGGACUGUCUUAGUGUUAGACUGUGUUAGUCAAGUGAAUAUACCCCCUGUCCAUAAGCUUCCGUCCCUUUACACAGCUUGAUGUAAAGUAGGCGAACAAAAUUAGCUAUCACCAUAUUGGUACACACACUUCUAGAGUGCCGAAAAUUGACCACACUAUGCCUAACCAGAAAGCAUUCUUUGGUCAGCAGCUCCCUUAACGCAAAAUUUAGUCGUCGUUUUUGUUUGAAACUUGUUUCUUGUCUCAUCUUGCAAUCAAAACUGCUAAUGCAUUUAUAUUAGUUUUUCCUAUUAUUUUGAAGUAUAUUUGAGGUCUAUCAAGAAAGUUUUGUGUUCACUGGUGGUACCAAGCAGUUCAGUGGGUUGUAUUCACCCGUUUAGCUUCAACUGAUGUAUAGCUUAUGAAUAUUUUAUAGUAAUUUUCAUGUAAAUAGCAUUUCCGAUGGCAAUUCUACUCGCACAUACAUAUAUAUAUUUGGAAAUAAACACUAAAUACCA